CCCCGAUGACGAGUGUUUGUGCCGGAAAAGUGACUUGUUGUGUGAGGGCAUCGGGAGGCCAAUGUGAUAAGGCAAAUUUAAAUGAGUCAUAAAUCAGGUGAUAAAAAAAAGAAGCUAACGCUUAUCUGGAAUUUUACAGCUGAAAAUAAUCUAAGUGUGAUAGAAGCCACAGAAACAUUCAGUUUGGUUGGGCUGGAUCCACAGGGCAGAGAAUUCCAGGAGAAAAUAUUUCCUAAAAAAUAUAAAUACAAUUUUCCAGUAAACUUUGAGAGUUUUGGCUAUAAAAUAAGAUUACACAUUUAUGAUAAGAGCAAUGUAAAUAAUUUAAGACAGAAAGAGUCUGACAUCACUGGAUGCUGAUUGCUGAGUUUUCCUAGAAGUUACAGAGUGCUGCAUACAGCCAGAGGCUCCUCCCCCUUUAUAAUCAUGUGAUAGCAGUCAAACAGGCCGACAGAGGACACCCCCAGAAGACUGAAACUUGUUCUCAAGCUGACAGAACUUCCUUAGAAGCUGAGGCUCCGUUUGUCAGAGGGACGUACUGAUGGCGGGAGAAACGCUGCUGGAAAUGUGGUCGAGGAGAGACGCAGAGAAGAGAACCGGCGGGACUGAAGAGACGCAGAAGAGAAUCUCCCAUUCCAUCGAAGAGAUCCUCAGGAGGCCCACCUGCCCCACGAAAGAGUCUGGAGGUCAUCGAAGCUGGUCUGUUAUCAAAGAAAACAACAGGCCCGACUCAUGCACAGGAACUCCUCAAAUCCAAAGGGAAACAUCUCCCAAAUCCAGCGCCGACUGUAAGACAGGUCAGAUGAAGAAGAGGCAAACCAGAGUCACUUUCACCCCCGUUCAGGUGCAGGAGCUGGAGGCCGUGUUCCUCCAGAACCACUACCCGGACGUCAACACCAGAGACGAGCUGGCCUCCCGCCUGCAGCUCACCGAAGGCCGCAUACAGAUUUGGUUCCAGAACCGCAGAGCCAAAUGGAGAAAGACGGAAACGUUGAGGGAGCUGGAGCUGAUCACCAGGCAGCAUUUCCCUUCAUCAAACCCUCACCUGCUUCCCCAGGACCCGCUGGCCCGGGUGUGCUGGCCGCCGUGCUGCUUACCCAAACCCGUAGAACCGAGGCUGUUCUUCACGUCCACGAGCGCCCGCUCGCCGGGUCACAUGACCCUCCACCUCAACAUGCUGGGGACAGAACGAUAGCACAAAUCUGACAUGCUAACAGUCCUGUAAUUAUUAUUAUUUGGCUUUAAUUGUGAAGAUAUGUUACAUUCUGUGUGUUUGGAUGAAUAUGAAGAGGAUUUUUGUAUUUAUUAUUUAAAAAAAUCAUUUUUGUUUUGAGAAAUUAAAGAUUCCUAUAUUCUGCUG